GCUGCUAUUGCUGCUGCUCCUGCUGCUAAACACUCCCGAGAGCGGAGCCAAACAUGCCUGGGCGGGAAAGAUUAGGUUGAAAAAGAAAGGAGCCAUUUGCUGGAGUGACACGGGGAGGAAGAAGAAACAAAAAAACACAAAUUCCUCCCGCGGCGUGCGUCUCUCGCUGCGCUUGGAAAGUUCCGCUCCUUCCCUCUGCCUGGCUGGGAGCUGGGAUGCCGGGGAUCGGGGCCAAGGUUUCCGUCUUCCAAUUUGGCCCCUGAAAUGAGCUUACAGUAAUUGCUUGGACAUAAAAGCAUGGAACCUCUUAAAACUUCACUGGUAUCUGAAGAACAAUCUUCUACAGAGAUUGAUGAUCGUCAUUAUUCAUUGCAAGCAGAGCAAGAGGAUACUCAAAAAAGAACUUUCACAAGCUGGGUGAACUCACAGCUAGAAAAGCAUUCAUCGCCUUCUCUUAUCUUGGACUUGUAUUCAGACAUUGGGAAGGGGCAUGUGCUUUUGGAUCUGCUGGAGGUCCUUUCAGGACAACAACUGCCACGUGAAAAAGGAUCGAACACUUUCCAAUGCAGAAGCAACAUUGAAAAUGCCUUAACCUUCCUGAAGAAUAGAUCACUCAAGCUUAUUAACAUCCAUGUUGCUGAUAUUAUUGAGGGAAAACCAUCCAUCGUGCUUGGUCUCAUAUGGAUCAUUAUAUUGCAUUUUCAUAUUGAAGAAUUAGCCAAGGCUCUUACUUGUGGAUACAGCCAGCCAUCUCUGGACAGUUCAAGCACUGUGGAUUCAUCACCAGCCCCAAGCCCAACAGCCAGAAUAAAUGUUAAAGCAAGGGAACGAUGGAAGAUAUCAGCAAAGAAGGCUGUCCUGUUAUGGGCCAAAGAGCAGUGUGACAAGCAUGGGUCUAUCAGCGUUGCAGAUUUCAAAUCUAGUUGGAGAAAUGGAUUAGCUUUCUUAGCCAUCAUUCAUGGAUUAAGGCCAGGUUUGGUUGAUGUGGAAAAAGCAAAAGGGAGAUCUAACAAAGAGAAUCUGAGAGAGGCAUUUCAAAUAGCAGAGAAGGAGCUCAAUGUACCCCAGCUACUUGAACCUGAAGAUGUUGAUGUCCCCAGUCCAGAUGAAAAAUCCAUCAUGACUUAUGUGGCUCAGUUUCUCCAGUAUUUUAAAAGUUUACCUGUGGCUGAAGAUAAAAUGCAGGGAAAAGUCAAAGAGACCUUGAGCUGGCUCAAUGCACAGGAAUGUAAGUUAACGAAGUUGCUGACUGAGCUAGAGAAUGCAUCCUUCUACAAGAAAUUUGAAGCAAUGCUAUCAUUUACAGAAACAUUUAAUGAGGAAAAAAAGGCCUUCCUUCCCAUUCUGGAAUCUAAAAGAAAAGUGUCAGAGCUGGAUGAAGAUUACGUGGAGAUGAAGGAAGCACGGAAUAACCUAUCAUCUCAGAUGAAUGAAUGGAAAGCAAAACUGGACAAUUUGUUACCUCCACCUCUAUAUGCCACUGAGGCUUGGCUCAAAGAAACAGAGCAGCAUCUGGCACUCAGUCUACCGAUUUCUCAAGAUCAUUUGAAAGCAAUGGCAGCCCUUGAAGAAAAAAUGAGAGCUAUCCAGAAUUUGAUGGAAAGUUUUCAACAACAUUUGGAAACCCUGCAGUCCUUUGAGAACAGAGAUAAUGCUGGAAUGCUGCUAGUCCCACCUCAGAAGCUAGAAGAAAUGAGAAAGAGGUUCAGCAAAGUUCAACUUGAAAAUUUUGGCAUAUUUGUGGAAUACUACCGCUUAGCCAGCUCAGCUGUCUUCAAGGAACUGACAUCUAAACUGAACAUCUGGAACAUCAAGUUUGGGACUAAGGAGACUGUGGAGUUAUUGCUGUUGGAUUGGCAUAAUUUUAUUGAAGAAAAAGGUUUUCUUGGUCAGCUAGACACUGCAUUACAAAUAUGUGAAGCACAGAAGAACAAAAUGAUGCAGGCUCCUAAUCUGGGAGCUGAUCCUGAAGAAACCAUCAAACUGUUUAAGAUGAUAGAAGCUCAGAUUUCCAAGUGCAGAGAGUACAUUAACAAUGUGAAUGAUACCUUGAAAAAAGUUUUAUCAUCUUGGGCCACCUAUACAGAAAACAUCCACUUGCUAAAAACUUGGCUGGAAGAGACACGAAAAGACCAUCCUAAGAAGAUCUCCACAGAAACCUUGGCAGCCUGGAAUUCACGGCAUGGUUCCUUAAAUGAAGCUGGAAACCUUUUGAUUGAAUCCAGCAAUGCAGAAGUGGGGUCAGCUGUUUCUGGAGAAUUGAAAAAAUUGAACAGAAAAUGGGCUAAGCUUAUAAAGAAGACAAAGUUUGAGAUGAAAUUGUUGAAGAUGCAAGAGGAAGAAAUGAUGUUAGUAACAGAUAACAAUGGAAAUGUUGACUCUUCUAUGAAAUUCAAUCCAGAUAUGUUUAAUAAUCCAGUGGAACCCUCAAAGAAGCCUCUUAAAAUGUGCUUUGAAAAGGCAGAGAUUCUUCCUGUUAGUCUUCAUGCAGAUCCAUGUAUACCAGAAGAGUUCUUCUCAGAAGAUGAGGUCAAGCUAAACUUUGAAAAAGCUCACAAGGAACUUGAAGCAUCUAUUCUGAAAGCUAUGCAACUUGUAGGCCAAAAGACAAAUUCUGAGGAACCACAUUCAAAAUACGAAGAGGCUUUUAGCAUCUUGGAUACUAAUAUUCUUAGCAAGUUUUUGAAAGCAGCGGAACAACUGAAAAGCAUUUUAUCUGCUCAUGAAAAGGCAUUGGUGGAGGAAAGGAGCAAAGACGUUUGUGAAAGAUGGGAGGCUGUUCGCUGUGAAAUCAUGUCCUAUAUUCACCUGAAAUUGAAAAUUGAAAGAGAGAAGUUGAAUAAGACUUUUUCAAAUCUCACUAAGCAGAUAAAUAAAGAGAAGAAACUGCUCAAUGCAGGGAAAACCAAAGGACUUAUUGAGGAACACGAGGCCUUCUUUUCUCAGCAAGGUGGCCUGGGUGAGCUUAACACUUGCUUACAAGUUUUGAAAACAAUGUGUGAGAAAAUGACCAAAGUGGAAAAAGAGUCCAAAAUAAAGCUGCCAAUUGCAGAAUAUGAGCAAAAGAAAAAGGAACUUCAAAAACGUGCAGCAACUAUUUACAAUGAGUUGGUAUCUAGGACUGGAGAUGAGCAUUCAUCUGAGAAAGGAGAUUUUACACCUACUUCAGUCAAUGAAGAGAAGGUAUCAUCUCAGAAUCCUGAAGCUGAAAAGGAUUCAGAAGAUGUUUCUUGUAUUAAUUUUGAACCAGAAAAGGAAUUUCAAGAUGGCGGACAUCAGUUGGAAGGUGAUGGAGACUUGGCCUUAAAAAGAUUAAAAGAGAGCUAUGACACAGCAAGACAUAAUCUGAAGCUUCACCUAAGCAGCAUCAGGGAGAAUAUAACUCCUCCUUUAACUGAUGAUGUGACAAACAUUUCUUCCCUUCAGAAGAAACUGGAAACACUGGAAGCUUUAGAAAGUAAAGGUGACUCUUCCUGGAAACUGUUUGAUUCUGUGACUUCACAGUUAGUAAAGCUCUCAAGUGAGAUGGACAAUCCUGUCACCUCUGAGAAAUCUCUGGAAGAUCUGCACAAAGAAUGGGAUGAGCUCCAGUUUGCUUUAGAUAAAAGGAAGGAAUCUUUAAAGGCUGCUUUGGCCCUUGUUUUGCCAAUAGAAAAUGAAUGGGUCCUACUCUGCAGAUCAGAAGAACAGCUUUGCAAAAGAGAUAUUCCACGGUGUGUGAUGAAUAAAACUGAUCUUCUGUACAAGAAGAUGAAGAAAAUUCAGGCAUCUAUAGCAAAUUGUAUUGAACAAUGCAACAGCCAAGAGCAAAAUAGCCCUGCAGAUUGGACAAUUGACCAAAGAGAUCGGCAAGCCAUUGGUUUAAUGAUCAGCGAGUACAAAAUGCGAUUAGAAGAACUGAGUCAGAAAAUACAAGUCAUUGAAACAAUUCUGCAAGAUCUUGAAACUUUUCUGGCUUCCCUGAAACGUAUUCAAUGUUCUGAGGAUGCCUCUACACUUCUGAGCUGUUCUCCACAGCCAGUGCAGGAGAUUUCUCAUAUGGAAAAAGAGGCCAGGUCUCUAGAUGAGAAAUUGAAGCAACUCCAUAUCUGUUUGGUAGAGGCUGAAAGUGGUAAAAAGAUGAGCUGUGAAGAGUUUGUAGCAGCUUUACUUGUAAAGGAAAACCCCUCUGUUGGCUCUGAAGCAACAGCAGCAGAGUUUACCCAGAAUCAAAAGAUUGAAGAAUUUUCCUCGAAGAAUAAUGAGCUAUUUAAAAACAUUCAAGAUAUAUAUGAUUUGAUCAGUACAAUAGGCUUGAGGGACCCAACUAUUCCUGCUAUUUGGCAAAGGUGGAAGUUGCUCAGUGAACUAUGGAAGAAGCUGGAUCGCUGUGCUCCAGAAAUGAAAACCUUGAAUGAGAUAAUUAGUCAAAUUUCCCAGUUGCCAAAAGCCCAGGAAAAUGAAGUCAGUCGGCAGUGGGGACUUACCCAGGACCUAUGGGAGAAGACUAAACUUGCCAUUACUGAAAAACGUGAACACUGUGAAAGCACAAUGGAACUCUUGAAGCAAUGUCAAAGCUGCAAAACCCGUUUGACUAGCAUUAUUCUGAAGCAAGAAAGUGCCCUGUCUCAGCAAGCCUCUUACAUGGGAAAAGAGAAUCUGCAGAAGAUAAUUUCUAAGGUCAACAUGGCAAAGGAAGAAUUUAACAACUACUCUGAAGAUGUUGACAGAUUAAGUCAAAUGUGCAAAAAUCUUCAGUGUCAGCUGAACAAAAUGAAGAGUUUUGAGGAACCGCCAUUUGAGAAGGAGGCUAAUGCUAUUGUGGACCGAUGGCUGGAUGUCAAUGAACGAACUGAAAACUAUUGUGAAAAUCUGGAAAGAGCUCUGGCUUUAUGGGACAAGCUCCUUAAUUUAUCCAAUUUGAUUGAUGAGUGGUCAGAUGCAGUGCAGAAGAACUUAGAAGAUGGGAACUUGACUGAAAAGGAAUUGGAAGAGUUGGAGGCUGAUGUCCUGUUCCAAGAAAAAAAGUUAGAGGAAUUUGAUACAAAGGUGGAUGAAAUACAGUAUCUUCUUAAUGGCAGUGAACCCCCACUUGAACUACAGGUUAUUAAAUCUUCUCUUUUGAACAAAAUGGAGCUAAUAAGAAAGCAUUUACCAAAUAAGUCAGUACUCACUGAAGCCAAUGGCAAUACAACAGAGCUGAAAGGAGACCUUGAUCUUGCCAAGACUCAAAUUGGAAUGACAGAAUCACUUCUGGAAGAUUUAUCUCCCUCUGAUACCUUGGAGAUUUUUACAAAAUUGGAGGAAAUACAUCAGAAGAUUCUUCAUCAAAAACAACAUGUGAAGUUACUUCAGAAAGGGACAGGCUAUUUGAACCCUGAUGUUAUUGAAUUAAAGAAGCAGCUGAAAAGUAUCACUGAAUUAUUUAAUUCAAAAAAACAAAUAUUUCAGGAUCACUUUACCACUCUCUUGAACUACCAGUGUAAGCAUUUUGAAGAUUGGUUCAGCACUGCCCAGAUCUCUCUGGAAAAGUGCUUUGACUCUCCAGAAACAAAAGAGGUAGCGGAAGAGAAAAUUCAUCAAUUAAUGAGUUUCCUAAAUUUUGAAGGCAAGGGCAAUGAUAUUGAUGAGGUGAAGACUGUUCUGAGCCAGGUGAAGAACUAUUUGCCCAAAGCAAAUGUCAAUCAGUUGAGUAACUGGGUGAGGGACCAAGAAGUGGAACUGCAAAGAGUACUUUCCAAAUGUCAGGCACGAGAAAUUGAGCUUCACAUCUUUCUUCAGCAGUUUGCUAGGCUUGAAAAGGACUUUAAGAGUCUAGAGAAGUGGCUAAGAACUCAGGAAGAAAAACUGCAGGAGAUUCAAAUAAAGAAGACAGGACUUGAGCAUUUUUAUCCAAUUCUACUCAAACAAAGGGAGUGGUUUGAUUCUUUUGAUUGGCGGGCAAAUUAUUUGAAAAACUCAGGAUUUUUGAAUGAUGAAGCAGUUCUAGAAUCUGCCCAGCUUGUCAGCAGAUACAAGAGCUUGCUUAGUCAUGUACAGAAAAGCCUCGGAGUUUCUCAGAUGUAUUGUGCAGAAAGAAAGCAUUUUGAAGAGCUUGUCAGGAGCAUCUUUUGCUGGGUGGAAAGUCUGAAAAAAUCUGUCAUGGAGUUGAGUGCUGAACAAUCUGAGAUAUCGCCAGAAGAAAGAUUGUUCAAAAUGCAGGAGAUUGCUUUGCUGAAAGAGGAGGGCAGUGCUAAAUUGCAAACUAUCACAGCUGUUGGAGAAAAUUUGAAGUGUGAUGAUAAGAGCAAGAACCUAACUAUUCAGCAGAUAGUUUCUGAUGUCCAAAAGAAGUGGGACUGCACCAUUCAUCUGGUUACUGACAGUCUGAGGGCCCAGGAACAACUCCAGCAUCAAACGGAACAAGUGAAGCAGACAGAAGAUGGCACCAAAACAGUGUUUUAUGAAGUAGGAAAGCAGAAGCAAGAAUUAAAUGUUGAUCUUCAUCUCAGUUCACAGGAAAUGCAAAAUCAGUUAAAUAAUUAUUCUGCACUUCUGAAAGAAACCGAAGGCCUAACGUCUCUCUUAAAUGAACUAACAAGGCAACGCAGUUCUUUGGAGGCAUGCGCUAAUAGCUUCUUCAGUGUAGAAUCAUUGAUGGCUUUACAGCAUCUCUACAAAAGUCUUCUCAGCCAAUUACAGAAUACAACAAAGCUCUUGGAAGGCUGUGCUGAAGGGCACCAGCAGUGUGAAGAGUUGACAGCACUUUUGAUAACUUCCCUAGAGGAGCUCUUGGAGCCUGGGGGUGCAGAGCAAAAGCAGGUACAGUGUGAUAUUCUUUGUCAAGCUGAAGACAGAUUACAAGAGGUUGUUGCUCUAAUGGACUCCCUCAGAUUGGAACAGACAUGUAUUAAGGAUGAGAUAGAUGCACCUCAAAUUAAGCAGAAGUAUCUUAAAACUAAAUAUGGACUUGACCGUGAGACUGAGGACAUCCACUGUGAUAUACUCAAGUGUAACAUACUGACCAAAAAGGAAGUGGAUAAUGAAACAACAAACACAGGGAAACUGGAAAACUCCUUUAGAGUGAAAAAUCAAAUGGACAGAGAAGAUCCAGAACUUUUUCCAGAAUGGUUGACAAGUAAAGUACAAUUGCCAAGUUCCUUAGCACUUGAAUCUGAAGAGAGAGCAGCUUCAGUUACUGGGCAGGAAUUGAAAGGCAAUUUGAUGGAAGCCCACAAUUUCCAAAGUUCAGCAAGCCAGUGUGCAAAGCAGCAGCAGAAAUCAGAGCAAAUACUGGCUGAUGAUUAUCUCAGUGAAUCUCCACAACAGCAGCAUGGCUAUCAAAAGAAAUUGCAAGCAACAUGUGGCUGGUCAGAAAUGCUUCAAACCAUUUUGCCGUUAAUGAAUGGAAAAGUAAUAGAGGCUAACCCUACUCCUUUGUCCAUUAUACAUCCAUCUCCAGAAAGCAAGCAGGACUAUCUUGAAGACCAAGCAAUUGCUGAAUAUGCUGAGAUGGAACAAAAGGUCAACAAAGUGAAAAUCUGGACUGCAGAGUUAGAUAUUGUAUUAAUGAAAGAUCAACUGAGAGAGAUAGAGGAUUUGUAUCUGCAACUAGAGAAGCAGAAAGCUGAAGCUUUGUUACUGUGGCAAGAACAUUCAACUGUGGCAGAAGGAACCAAGGCAGAUCGCCAGGACCCCCACAGUGUUACUUCUUCCAGUUGGGACAGACUCCUGCAACAAUUAAUGGUUGUCAAAGAGGCCAAGCAAAAUCAGUUUAAUUUAGUUAAUCGUUACCAAGAAUGUCUUGCCACUGUCCAGUCUUCAAUGAAACAUUUAUUAGCAGAAAAAGAAAACAUGAACACAAGGGGACCUAUGGAAGACACAGCUCUCCUGGAGAAUUUGAACAAAUUGUUGGCUUCCAAACAAAAAGAAACUAUCCUUUUAAGCAAGCUAAAAACCGAACAAGAAAAUAUAUCUAGACAUCUAUCCAGUCUGGACAGGGAAUUAAUACAAAGCCAGGUGAAUCAAGCUGAGCAAUGGUGGAAGCAAAUGGAGGACAGUCUUCAAAAGAAACAGUUCUGUGUUGCAGCAGAAGUGGAUGAGUUUAAACGUUGCAUGGACAAAGCACAGGAACUCCAAAUAUGUUUGCAACAGCAACGUGAUUCCCAGACAAGCCUGGGUACUCCUGGUAGACAAGAGCAUUCAUACCCUAUCUUGACUCCUUUAGAACUACACAUCCUUAAACAUAAUAUUUCUUUGUUAAAAAGAAAUGCUGAGAUACAGAUGAAAAGAAUGUGGAGUAGUCCAGGAAAAACAGCCUUGGAGAACACAAUAAAUGAUCUUCAGAGCCAGGUAGAAGAAUUGGAGCAAAUGACCCCUAAAGAGAAUGUCCAGAUAACUGACAGUAAUCCCCAGACAUAUGAAAUAAGAAAAGAGAUAGAAGAUGCCAUUUUGGGGACCAGAAUUUUAAUGCUCCAUCUCGAUGAGAGGGCAGCACUUUUUCCGGAUGAUCUUCUCUUGCAAAUGAAAUGUUGUAAGGCUAUAAUCAGUGAUGCUGAAGAAAAAGAGCAAGCUUUUAUGAGGCUAGCAGAAGAAGCUCAGCAUGUUGCUUCUCACAUGCCACCAAAGGAGAGUUCUGCUCUUAGCAUCCUUUCACAUGAGUUGCAAACCGGUUACCAACUCCUUAUUUCAAAAUCAUCUCAGAGGUUACAGCAGCUGGAAUCUCAGCUUGGAAAAAGAGAAAAACUUUUUGCAAAUAUAGAGAAAUGUGAAGCACAACUACAGGAGAUCAAGAUAAUGUCUAGCUUAGAUGUUGAUAAAACAAGUCUAAAGUCUGAGUAUGACCACAUGCAGAAUCUUUUAGAAAAGACCCCCAAGAAAAUUCAGGAGAUGGAAGCCCUUGUAGAUGCAAACUGCAACGAUUCAUCUGAAGGAUUAAAUACUUUUGAGCAACUGUUUCUAAAUGAUUGUUCAAGAAGCCUGAGGAGUAGAGCAAAGAGGGUCCAUAGGGUAAUCCAAAUUAAGGCUUGUUUAGUACAAAACAAAGUGGAUACCUAUGAAAAAUUCUCAGAAGAGAUAAAGGCUUUGCAGCAGGAUCUCAGCAAUCUUCUUUUUGAUGACCUGGAACUAGAUCCAGAGGAACUGUUGUCUAGGAAUCAAGAGAUAAAAGAUAAAUUGAAUAUGCUUAAAGAGAGAACUUUCACCAUCCAGUCACAUUUAUCAUACUUGGACCAAUACCAGGAGAUUUGGAAAGGGCUGGGUCUGAAAUGGGAUACAUCACCUCUUGAGGAACUGAAAGAUCAGUUCUGCAAAGCAAAGAAUAGCCUUGACAAAAGGGUUAAAUGUGUAAAGAAUUUAUUUGCAGAAUAUGACAGACAUCAGGUAGUACUAAGUGAGAUUGAGGCUACCAUGUCUAGUAUUCAGAAAGAAUAUAGUGAUUUAAAAGAUCUUGCCAGUUCUACUUCUGAAACCAGACUGAUAAUAGGAAAAAAAUUAAUAUGGAGAGUUGAACAUGCCAGAUAUAUUACUCAGGAAGCAUUCAAGCUGUUCAAGAAAAAUAAAACAUUUAGUGCCUCUCUCAAAAAGGCCAACAAGCAGCAAAUAAAGUCCUUAGAAGCAAAAAUAGAUGAGCUGGAACAAAUGAUCCGAUCUAUGAUAUUAGCUAAUCAAGAAAUAUGCAAGUACGAACAAGGUUUCCAGAGCAAGCUAGGCCACAGUUUAAGGACUUUAAAGCAAAUUCAGUCUGAGCUCCAGCAGCCUGUCUUACUUGACUUGAACAUUCAAAUGAUUUCCUAUGAAAUGAUGUAUUGCAAAGUGCUUAAAGGUGCUAUAGAGGCAGAGAUCUGUGCUGCUGAAGAUAUAAUAACAAAAGAGAAAUCAUCUGCACAACAAACACUUCCCCAUCCUGAGAGUUUGGGUAAAGAAAUAGAGGAAUUCCAAAACCUGAAAAUACACCUGAAAGCAGACUUUGCUGAAUAUACAGGAGCCUUAGAUGAAGCCUUUAAAACAGUGAAGCUUUACAACAAAGCUGUUGAAAAAACUGCAGAUCUCCUCAGUCAGUGUGAAGCCUUUCUCUCUACUCCACUGCUUAGUUUACACAAGCUAGAAGAAUCUCAUCUUGACUUUGACCAGAAACAAGAAGAAUCUGAAGCUGCAAAGUCUGAAGUGGAAACUUUAACCAAUACUCUGAAAAAGACAAUUAAAUCAAAAGCCAAACUGCAGAUGGAAAAAAUACUUGGUGAUCUAACUGCUAAGAAUUUGGCAAUAAGAGAGCAGAACCAAAAGAGAAAUUCCUACAUACAGAGGUGUAUGGAAAAAUAUCACAGUUUCAAAAAAUCCAAAGAGAAGAUAUGUGCUGAGCUUAACAAUGCAGAAAAAGUACUUUGGAAGUCAUUAUACUAUGAUCCAGUGUCUUACAAAGAAGCUUUAGAACAUUCAGAACAAAGCAAGAUGCUUUCUUCCCAAUUAGUUUCAGCCAAAGAGGAUCUAAUGAAGUUGAGGCGAGACUCACAAUCUCUAAGCUUGAUGUGCAAAGAAAAUGAUGGAGUGCUGAUUGUAUGCCUUGUAUCAACAUUGUGGCUGAAAUGGCUCUGUUUGUUCAAUACUGCAAAAGAAUGGGAGGGCAAAUGCGAAGAACAGAACCAAGAAUGGAAAUCUGUCAGUGAAGAAUUGGAACGAGAAACAAUCAUUCUAGAUAAUCUUCAGGAAGAACUGCCUGAGAGCUUGCAAGACAAACAGCAAGCAACUAAAGAAGAAUUGCAAGAAUUUCUGGAAUCUGCAAGCAAUUAUAUAGAAAAUGUGGAUACUGAGAAAUUGUUGCUACGCUUAAUACUUUGCCGAUUAAGGAACAUUCUGAGUGUCCCUGAAAGUUUGUCUGGAAAGGAGGGCCUUCCUAUUGUAUGUGAAAUACGAAACAUGCAGCAACGAACAGAAGAGCUCUGUUCAAAGGCUCAAAAAGAAAAGGAGGCUGUGCAGUCUGAAAUUGUGUACCGGACCAAGUGCAAUGAAGAACUGAAAGCUAUGAAGACUUCAUUACAGGGCAUCAUAUCCCAACUCCAGGACAUAGAUUUAGAAGCUCCUAAUGAAAAGGCAUUGAAACUUGAGGAGAUUCAGAGAGUGGUUGAUAGCAAGAAGCAGAUCAUGGAGGACCUACAAAUCAAGUACACUGAAAUAUAUAGAAUCAUUCCAGUUGAUAUUGAAAUGCAUUUGGAAGACUGCAAAAGAACAUUACACGACCUGGAAGAAAAGGUCAGCACAGAAUUCCUGAAAAAUUCUCCUCACUACAGUACAGAGAAAAAAAUAGAAGACAUUAACAAAGGCCUGCAAGCUGUUGAAAACAUGUUACAACAGAAGAGUGAAAACAUUGCAAAAGCAAAAGAAAUUCAGAAGAGAGUCUGGGAUUUGUUAGAUCUUUGGCAUUAUAAAAUGAAUGAACUGGAUUCAGAAGUUCAAGACAUAGUGGAGCAAGAUCCUCACCAGGCUCAAGAACUGAUGGAUCGCUUGAUGAUACCUCUGCAACAAUACCAGCAAGUUUCACAGCACGCCGAGCAUAGAACCACAAACUUGAACAGGGCUGCUAGCAAGAUGGAAGAAUGUGAUGAACUCCUGAAAAGCACCCAGGUUUGGCUUCAAAACACCAACCGUCUACUAACAGAGGAAGUGAAAAGUGACUCCACAAAAGCUUUGAAGAAACAUGCCAGUGCACUCGAGAUGGCAAUAGAAGAUUCAGAACAAAAGCAAAGUAUUCUUAGUGCCAUUUCCCCAGAAUUGAAAGAAUUGUCCCCUUUAAUUGAAACUGACGGUAUGGUACAGGAAUUGACAGAAAUAAAUGAGCAAGUUAAAGCCUUCCAGCAAAAGAUAACGGAAGUUCUUCCACGUAUCCAGCACUUGGCUGAUGAUGUUGAAGUUAUUGAAUCUGAAGUGAAAAUGAUGGAGAAGGAUGUAGAAAAAAUAAAGACUAUAUUGUCCCCCUCUGAAGACACACUUGAUUUUUCUCCUAAGGAGCAUCUUAAACAUUGCAAGGUUAUACUGACCCACAUCUGCCCCAUGCAGAAGGCUCUUGCUGAAAUACAAUCCUAUAAAGCAGACUUGAAGUUGACUGACAUGAGAAUGCAACCUCUUUCAGUAUUCCAAAGAACUAAACGGCUUUUGAAAGAGCUGAAGGUACUAGAAAGAAUCACGGCGGAACAAAACACACUACUUGAGCCAAUUGUCAAAGAGAUGGAAGAAAUUGAGCAACAAAUUGACUUCCUAAAGCAGAGCCAAUUCCCAAAGAGCAACUUAGAUGAAUUGUCCACAGAAAUCCCAUGGCCUGCUCAGGCAACCUCCUUCCUCAAGGAUGAGGAGGUGGAAAGAGUAAAGCAACAGAUUGCCCUACUGUGCCAACAGAAAGAGGAUAUUCUAACAACUAUGAAGAAUGCCUUGGUGGAACUUCACCAGAAUCAAGAACUACCUGAAGCUGAGGACAGCGACUUAGAAUCACCAGAGGAAAAUGGAAGUGCUGUUGGGUUGCAGCCCAAAAAGCGAGGCUCCCUGGCUCUUUUGCCUUCCUUGGUUGAAGAAGCUGAAGACGUUUCAUUCCACAAUGAAGAGGUGGAUACUGACACCACAAAGGCAAUGGGCAAUGAGGACCCUCUUGACAGUCCAACCAAGGGCAAAUCCUCCACCCAAGUCACCAACCCUCCCGAGUGCUUAUGGAGAUCACUGAGCGACACGAAGGCAACCGAGGACCCGGUUAGGCCGGACUCUGAGCCUGCACAGGUCCUCCAUGUGUGCCAGGCUCAGAUUGCCGAACUGGAGCUGUGGCUCAAUCAAGUUAAAGAGUCUCUAGGAUCAGAAGCCCAGAUCGGCCAAAUGCAGCAGUCCGUGGAGCAGCAUCUGGCCGCGUGCCAGGUGAUGUUAUCAGAAAUUGAACAGAAAGUCAUGUGGUUAUUGGAGGAUUGCAAAGGCACGUCCACUAGCAAUAGCUCGGGCCUCGAGCGAGAAACAGAGAACCUUUCCUUGAAGCUUAAAGAUGUGAAGUGCAAGUUGGAAAAAGUCCAGGGCAUGCUCCAGGAUAAAUACACAGAAGAACAGAUGAGCACUGAUGAAAAGACCUCUGUCAACUUCCCACAGCCUCUUCAUUUUGAUUCCUCUAGUUCAUUUCCAAGUGUGACUUCAGACAGACCUCUGUUCAGUAGACCAAAUGGUUUACAGCAUCAGCAGGAACUGCUGCUAAAGCUGUCUGAGCAAAACAAUCUCAUUGACUUCCUAGAAGUGUACAUGGAGAAAAUCCAACCUCACCCUAGGCACAGCACAGUUCUGGAACCACAAACAAGCCAUGAAACAGUCAGCUCAGGAAAUGAGACUCUUGGACUGACUCCAAAGGACCAAACAGGGGAUAAGUGGCAAUAUUUACAAGAAGAACUGCUAUUCAAGAAGAAUGCUCCUCACUGUCAAUUUGAUGAACCUCAGAUCUCUACUAAAAUAAAUAUUCUGCCCCUGGGUGCCACAUCAAGUGUGAGAACUCCAACCGUUGAAGAGCUGAAAACGUACACAGCACAACUUGACAACCUAAGCCAGGAAGCAUCUACUCAGAUACAGGAAAAUGAAACAGGAGAAAAUGCAUUAAGCCUGGAUCAGAAACUCUUUGAGUUGCUUCUGGCGAUCAGCCGCUGCCUGAACAACAUGGAGCAGAUGUUAGGCACCUGUGUGCUCUCCAGUGAUGAAGCUCCUGUACAGCAAGUACUUUAUGAGACUCUCUCUGCAGAACUACAGAAACUUCACACAGAUAUUGGUGAUAAAAAGGAUGAUCUGCUGAAAUCUAUCACCUCUGCUGGUGGAAAUUCUGAGAGAUUCUCCCAGUGUUUUAGCAACUUGCAGGCAUGGCUCCAGUUGACACAAACAGCUGCUGCUUCUAGAAGCGAGUCUAUGAAAACUGAGAUGGACCAUUACAUCAAUUAUCAGAAUGAAAUCAGGCACUUGUAUGAUGCAUUGAUUGAGAAAAAAUCCUCACUGCAACAGUUUUUCAGUGGAAUGAGUGGGCACAAUAUUUCUAAGCAAUUCCAGAUGGACGUCUUUGAGUUGGAACUGCAAAAUUUUGAGACACAGGCAGCUAAACUAAGGGAUCAUGGAGAAAGAUUUCAUUUGCCAGUUGCCAUAACCCACGAAGUGUAUAAACUAGAGGAGGUGCUGGAUGACCUUUGGGAGAUCCUAAGAGUCAAACAGAAGGAGCUAAGCUCUUCAUUCAUUGAUGAACAACAAUAUGAAGCUCUGUUACAAGGACUUAAAGAGCUCAUAAAUCUUGGGAAAGGGAAACUUGCUCAUGUUUCAAAGCUGAAAAUUACCGGUCAAUCUGAUUUACACGUACACCUACAAAAUCAUAAGAGCUUUUUCUGUAAGCUGAAUGGCCAUAUGCUUCUUGUACAAAAAGUGGCAGCUCCAAUAUUACAAAAGAAAGAGAAAUUCUGGAAGGAUGUGGCAGAGGAGGUCAAAUCAUUGGAAGAGCAAGCUAUUCAACGUGGUACCCAUUUGGAAAACCUUUUACAGGACUGGAUAGCAUUUGAUGAGAACUGCGUUUCAUUCUGCCAAAAGCUGGAGGCGCUUUCACCCCCAGUGCCUUUUGUGACUUUAGUGGAAGAGACAGAAGGAAGAGUAAUGGAAAGGACUCAGCUCCUCCAGGAAAUCAAAAAGAACAUUGAAGGAGAACAGGUUAGAUAUUAUCAAAUAGCAAAAGAAGGGAAGAAUUUGAUAGAGCUUCUGAGCUGUCCUGAAUUUCAGUGCCAGGUUGAGAAGCUGGAACAUCAGUGGACAUCUCUUUCCCAAAGAGUUGACCAUGAACUACAAAGACUUGAGACAUUACACAAACUCUUGUCCAGUUACAGCAAAGACUCGAAGGAGCUCAAUGCCUGGUUGGAAUCUGCUCAGCAAAAUGUGAACUAUUGGAAGGAGCAGUCUCUUAAUGCAUCCCAGGACCUGAACACUGUCAGGAACCAUAUUCAGAGUUUGCUUGAAUUCUCUAAAGAGAUCGAUGAUAAAUCUUCCUUGAAGUCUUCGGUCAUAAGUACUGGAAAUCAGCUCUUGCUUAUUAAGGAAUCUGAUGCUGCAAAGUUGCGGUCAUCUUUGGCAGAGUAUGAGCAGAGAUGGACUGACCUGGUUGCUCAAUUGCCAGACAUCCAAGAGAAGUUUCAACAGCUCCAGAUGGCAAAGUUGCCAUCUCAUGAAGCGAUCACAGAACUGAAUGCCUGGAUGAAUCGCAUUGAAAAGCAAAGAAGAAAUGAGGUGGUAAUUAAUUUGCAAAGUCCUGCCAGCCAAGUGAAAGGCGUUCUUAGGAAGUACAAG